AUGGCAUGUCCCGGCGCAAAGCUCAACCCAUUGGCUUCAGAGUUUAUUUGGCACGGUAAUAAAACCGGCCACAUGAGAGUUACCGAGAAAGGCGUGUCUGCCAAGAAUGCUAAUCAAGUAGAAGUGCCUGAAAAGAACAUCCUUACCAAAGAUACAGAACAGGACGAGGAGCAAAAUAUCUGGAGACUGAAUAAGAACAGCGAUUUCCCGCUCAGGACAGCUCCUCACAGGCGCAGUACUUCAAGGGCCCCAAAAAUAUAUAGAAUCAUUUUCAUCUUCCUAAUGCCGGAUUCCUGCCAGAGAAAUCUAGUUUCUCACACGGCAACACAGCAGUCUGCUUCAGAAUCACCGACCAAGAUAUCACAUCAAAUCUCUCGUUUGGAAGAUUUUGACGAAGGAAAUUUCAAAAAUAAAACACAACUUACAUCCAGGAAAUGUGCCAAGGCAGCAAAAGAAAAAGAGUCCGAAGUCGAGUAUAAAAAUCCAUGCUAUAUUAACAUUAAGUUUACAACCACUGGUGGCAUUUCAUAUGAUUUAUACCAUCCGCUUAUUUCAUAUCUUAAUAAGCCAGCCAGGAGGGCUUUCGACCAUCUACAGCACUUGACAUAUCACAACAACCAGGAAUUUCAGACAGUGAAAUUCCGUGUCGAUGUUAGUCCCGAGAAAAUUAACAAUGCGGCCUAUUUUCUCGAGGCUCUGGUUAACCUCUCAAAACAUCUUCCAUCCUCCAAGCCAUACAACGCGUAUUGCGCCCACGGUAACGACCCGAGGAUCAAGUACAGCCAACAGGUACCGCAUUUACUGCUUCAAUACAAGCAAAUCAAGAGACUCCGAGAAGUUCCAGCAGGAAUCCGAAUCAGGCGAGUUAGAUCCACUAUCAUGGCCCACGUCCGUCCUGAUCCAGAACAUCUCAAGAACAACUUACUGCCAAUGGAGAUAAAAAGAACCGAGAUCAUUUUACCAGAACUCACCGAUAAUAAGCUUACAGUGAGAGUUCCGCAGAUCUCAGGCCCAGCCGAUACUGAAUGA